AGUUGGACGGAUUACAAGCUUCGCUGGAAUCCCGACGACUACGGUGGAGUUGACGUUCUCUACGUGCCUUCGGACACGAUCUGGUUACCAGAUAUCGUCCUUUACAACAAUGCCGACGGAAACUAUCAAGUCACCAUCAUGACCAAGGCCAAACUGUCCUAUAAUGGUACCGUCGAAUGGGCUCCGCCGGCAAUUUACAAGAGUAUGUGUCAAAUAGACGUCGAGUUUUUUCCAUUCGAUCGACAGCAAUGUGAAAUGAAAUUUGAAGAGUCCAUCGAGAUUGUCGAAGGCGUUGAUGGACCUAUUCAAGAAUCUGUUUGGAUAGUUGAUGAA